UGCGCCCUCACUCGCUCACUUUUACUCAGUUGAGGAUUUGGCUACAUACAUAAUUUUCGUAUUAUUACCACUAUUUCUAUUUCUUCGACAGAGUUGCUGAACCCUGGGCAUCCUGAAGGAGCCGGAGGGAAAGACAUGGGAGCCUUCACCCGGCAAGGAGAAGGCCUGUUGUCAGAUGAGUAUGCAUCUAGAAUAGCGUCGUCCCUCGCGAGGAACAGCAACAAACGCGUGAAUCUUCACGAUCCAGACGCUGUAGAAGCAGAAAACACUGCGCGCACAGAGCGCAGUCUGACAAGAGCUCACUUAAGGAUAGAUGACAACCAUAUUGAAGAUGUUUCGGACGACGAACCUCUGCUCGACGAAGCAUUCUCCCCGGAGAAGGAUUACACCACUAAACCCACUAUUCCUGGUUACAUUCUUGAAGCGGUGGACUUCAUAGGGUUGUUAACACCCAUCACGAAGAGUAUUCUGGCCACGCUGACAACCAAAGGACAAGCGCCAGCUGCCACUGGUUCAACGGAAGCCUCCAGUUCUGGAGCCGCCUCUGAUGCACCCGUCUUCACUGAAGUGAACGCGCACAUUGUUGACGGUGAAGUAACCACCUUCGAAAUUCCUCGCGUCCUCUUGAACCUCGCGAGGUCUAAGGUACACAUCCCACUUACAUUACUCACUCUGUCGUCUCUCCGCAAGAUUCACGAGGACCCAGCUAGCAUCAAGAUGAAGAAAGGUCUGGUGACAGACGACCCAAAGUUAUUCGUCAUGGACACCUCUUCCGAUUUCCCUCCGGAGUCGAGCUUACCACCUCAUCUUUCUACAAAGCUGCCUCUAAUUUUAUCAGAUUGCUCAGGCUGGUCACUGACGACGUGACGGUGAAGCGUUUCAUGGACCACCGUGACUUCUGCCUUUCAAGGGAUGAAUUCGGAGACAAUUUCGAUUCAAUCCUCGCCUUCGACGUGGAAAUUCACAGGCACUUUUUCAACACGCAUACUUUCCCUUCUCGAGCUGCUUACCUUGAUAGAUGGAAGAACAUGUUAAUCAAGACGUCUCUC